UUGCAAGUUACCAUUUCACAUUUUAAAUAGUUUUAAGUGGGAAAAAAGGGCGACCCGGAACAAUAGGUCAGAAAAAGCAUACUCCAGAGCAGAAAAAAAAAUCGUGACGUCAUGCACUCUUGAUGUUAUCAAGGCUAUAUAAGGAGAAUCUGCCCUACUCUGUCAUAGACGGAGGGAUGGUGUGGCCCAUUAUUCCUGCGAUGAACAUAGGAAAGACACAAAAACGCUACUCUGGCGAUGGCUGUUAGUUUGUGCUUCAUGUGCUGUGACUUGUAGACUUACCAUACCGAUGAUACGGUAUUUCCUUCCUUAUCGAACUGCAUGAGACAGCCGGAGGAACCAUGGCUGACGACAAAGAAAGAGAAGAAGUAGGACUUCCGCCAGAACGUGACGGUAGGGACAGUCUAUAUGCGAAUCGUAUCCUCACGAGAGCUUCCAGUUUGUGUGUUCAGGACCGACUGGCUUUCGACGAGGACCCGCCGUCGUAUGAGAUGAUGUAUCCUUCGAGCAGCGACGAUAAUAACGCCCUAAGCCUCAACAACUCGAAACUCGACUGUGGCAUCGUGAUGAGCCCGCGUAACUUGAAAGAAAACAUUAAAUCCCAACCAAACAGCAACCAAAUCGUCCCUCAAACGCCACCAGAUACGAAGGUGACAAGCAGACCUGCCAUCAAACACGGUGACUCCAAGCUGAAACUUACGCAGGGAAAUGAAAAUCCCAAGCCAGAAAAAGAACUCCAGAGAAAAAUCACACUGACCAAGCUUACGGAAACCCGCGAGAAGCUGAUGGUUCAAGCUUCAGGACUGACAAAGGGCGCCAGGGAGACGCUUAGAGAGUUCUGUCAGAAGACGACAGCCCACGGCUUCAGUCACGUGGUAGAAAAGGACAUACACAUCAUUAUGAGGAUAUUCUGGGUCAUCGUGACUUUUGUCAGCCUCGGGGCCUUGCUGUCAGUAGGCUACGACGCCACCUACGCGGCCUUCGUGACAAAGCGACCCUACACGGAGGUGACCUACAGGAACAACCAGAGCACGGGGAUCCGCCUCCCUGACAUGACCAUCUGCACUUUGUCCGGAUUCUGGAAGAGCAAGAUGGAGAAGUACAACGUGAGCAAGACCCUAGCAUCCUACCUCCUCCUGGCGGUUCGCGGAACAGAGGUCAUCAGCCCAGUGUUGAGUCGUGACCCCAAAAGGAUAAUAUUGUUAAAGGAUGAACUUCGGGAAUACCUGGAAUUGCACAAAGUCACGCUCGAGGAACUGAUAACAAUGCUUUCCCCAGAAUGUGAAGAAUUGGUGAAAGGAUGCUACUCGUCGUCUCAGAGCCUGAGUAGUUCCCAAUGCUGCGAGACGGUGUUGAGGCCCACCAUCACCACACUAGGCGUCUGCUUCACCACACUCACCCAGAAUGGCUUGAGACUCAACCAGACUAUCGCGGGACUGGUAGGAGGCUAUAGGAUUCUCUUCGAUGUCGCCCUUCAAGAGUACAUGGAAUACGACUACAACGUGGUGUCAACGACGUCCUUGGCAGAGGCAGGGAUCCAUGUCUCGCUCUCCAACUUCGCCAGCUCGCCCGCUGUGGCCGCCAACAUCCAGGCCGUCAGGAUUGCGCCCAACACCGCCGCCUCCGUCGCUCUUGACGUCACUAAUAUCGACCACACAGAGGUGUACCUGGACGACUGGCUAUGGCCCAACCCCAGUCCUCGGUGUGUGAGCGAGGAAAAGUUCUGGGCCAUGAGCGAAGAGGAGCGAGCUUACACGGGGAGUAACCAGUACUUCUCUUUGCUUUAUCGAGACUGCCUUAACCAUUUCUUCAACUGCUCGGCUAUCCCGUUCAUGUUCACCAAUGAUACAACUAGUGCGUGCACGCCCGAGAUAACGCUCUACCAAAGUAAAAUAAAUGACAAGAUGAUGGAAUGUGUUCAGAAUCACUUGAGCCAAAUGGAAGAAGAUUUUGGAAAAUUAUGCUUCACUACGACAAUCAACCAGCAACUGAGCUACACUACUCUCAUGGAGAACGGAGUACAAAGCAUCAUUGACAACCGACUGCUUCCUCCUAACAUAACCCUCUCCAUGGUGAACAUCUACUACACCGAACUGGGCUUCACGGAGUACUACGAACGUAUCCCAACUUUCAUCACAUGGUUCAGUGACCUUGGCGGGCAGAUGGGGCUCUUCAUGGGUGCCUCUUUCAUCACUCUGGUCGAACUUAUAUUCACCGUGUGUUACGUCCUGCGUGUCCUAAUGACUCGAGGCGUGAAGGCUCUCAUGAAUAAACUGUGUGGCAACAAAACGUAACAUGCUAGAUGAUUGUGAUAUAUUACUUUUAGUCACAGCUGUUUAGUUUCUAUUAUACAGUGUCUCUAGUGGUCACUACCUGUAAGAAAGUAUAUACUAUACAUUAUGUUAUUUUUUAAAUAUUUUCAUUUAUCUAGUUAAUUCGUUCAAAUGGGAUAUUAAUAGAAACAAUACAUUAUAAACCGCAUACAUUCUUAUCAGACUUAACCUUACAAAUUAACCUUCUUCAGUAUCAUUUAAAUAAUUUUAUCUAGAUGUAUCGUAGGAAAUAUAA